AUGGAUCGGAUCGCCAAGACACCGUACUUUUUCGUGGAUGUCGAGUGUCUCUGGCCCUGGCCCUCCAUUUUCUCCCGGAGCUUGGAGAGCCAUCGUCGCUGCAACUUUUCCAAGGCGGCGGACAAGUUCGUAGAGGCCAUCGAGGGCAUCACGAGCACCAAGAGGAGAGUGCUGCAGAGGUCCACCGGUCGGGUGAUCACCGUGAGCGUGUGGAACGGCACCGUGGCCAACCUCACGCUCUUGGCGCUGGGCUCCUCCGCGCCGGGGUGCCCGACCAUCCGGGAAUGCGGAUGGUUCUCUUGA